CAAACGAGGAUGGAACAGCGGCGGAAGAAUUCAGCAAGCAAGAAAUACAUGCGUAUACAUAUAGACAAACAUACACGCCAGCGAGAAAGAAAAUAGGAGGGACGAGAGAGACGCACAACUGUACAAAGGACGGAAGUCAAUAUAUAUACUAGGGCGGAGUGUUCCACGAGCUGAGCUCGUCUCGUUCCAAAAUGGCAAUAACACCAAGGCUCGCCGCAAUCUUCUUCUCCUUGCUCUGCUGCCGCUCAGCGUCCUCCUUGCGCCCUCCGAAUCUCAUCUCCAACAGCAGCGGCGGCGUCAUCACCCAUCUCCCUGGCUUCCAGGGGCCCCUCCCCUUCCACCUCCAAACAGGGUACGUGGAAGUGGACGAGGACAAUGGCGUCCACCUCUUCUACUACUUCGUCCGGUCGGAGCGGGAGGACAGCCCCGGCGACGACCCCGUCGUGCUCUGGCUCACGGGCGGCCCUGGAUGCUCUGUCCUCACCGGCCUCGCCUACGAGAUCGGCCCUCUCAGUUUCGAUCUUAACGGCUACGUUGGUGGCUUACCCAAGUUGGUGUAUAAACAAGAUUCAUGGACCAAGGUGAGCAAUGUCAUAUUUCUUGAUUCUCCGGUUGGCGCUGGAUUUUCGUAUUCUCACACGGAGGAAGGCUACAAAUCGAGUGAUACCAGAGCUGUGAACCAAAUCCUCGUCUUCCUCAAAAAGUGGUUUGAUAAGUAUCCACAGUUCUUUUCAAGUCCUCUCUACAUCGCCGGCGAUUCCUACUCUGGCAUGAUCGUGCCAACCGUUACAUCUGAAAUUGCUAGAGGUAAAGAAGAGGGGAGCCAACCGAAUCUAAAUCUAAAGGGCUACCUCGUUGGUAAUCCAGUCACAGAUUUCAACUUCGAUGGUCCGUCCAGAAUCCCAUUUGCUCACGGGAUGGGUCUCAUAUCGGACGAAAUAUACGAGGCAUACGAGAAGAGCUGCAGUGUGGGUGACAGUAGACGCCAAAGCAUUGAGUGCAUAAAUAGCCUUGGCGCCAUAGACGAGUGCAUCAAAGGCAUAAGCCCGAACCACGUUCUGGAGCCCCUGUGCGCUUUCGCGAGUCCCAAGCCGAAGCUAAUAAGUUCAGGUGCACGGGAGAUGCUCCAGCUCCCAGUCCCAGUGCACACUGAGGAGGAGGAGGAGGAGCUUCGCUUGUCUGAGAUCUCGCUGCAGUGCAGAACGGCAGGAUACAUGAUGUCCAGCAUGUGGGCGAACGAUGCCUCGGUACGACAGGCUCUUGGUAUCCACAAGGGAACAGUUCCUUCGUGGUCAAGGUGCAACUACGACAUACCUUACACGAACGAUAUUCCGAGUGCAGUGAAGUACCAUCUGGAUGUGACCACCAAAGGCUACAGGAGUCUAGUUUACAACGGUGACCAUGAUAUGGUCGUGCCUUUUAUCGGCACGCAAGCCUGGAUCAGGUCUCUUAAUUUCUCUACCGUGGAUGAGUGGAGGCCAUGGUUUGUGGACGGCCAAGUUGCAGGGCUAUUUAUGCAGAUUUACAAGGUCAUACUCAAACAACCUCACCUUUGCAACCGUCAAGGGUGGUGGGCAUACUGCUCCGGAGUACAUGCCAAGGCAAUGCUUUGCUAUGUUUGUGAGGUGGGUUUCUGGUGACCCCCUUUGAUGGCGUACAUAGCAGCUCCAAGUUCCAGUGAUGCGUUACAUUAUUACAAGCGAAACGUAUUGGUUAGGGGCUCCGGAGAAGGAAAAGCAGUUGUGGAAGGGCAUCCUGAUAUAUACAUGCAAGUUAUUCUUAAAUCUUGUCAGUUUCAAACAAACGACCUAUAAGUUGGCUUUUAAAAAAGCUGUAAAAUUAGCUUCAACAGAAUGGCCCGCUCGAUUUCCUCUAUGGUGACUCACCUAGCAGGAUGUCUGCUCGAGGUUCUCUAUAGUGACUCGCCCAGUAAGAUUUUAUUAUGGUGAUGCGGAAGAAUCUGGAUGAGUAAUACAUGGAUGGAAAAGAGAUGGGAAAUUGGAGGUUAAUAUACGAUGUCUACAUAUAAAAAGAGUGGUAAGUAGGGGAGGGGAAGACUUAUAUGAUUCGUGCAGAACAAUGAUCGAAACUGGUGCUUUAUAGAAAUAGAGAUUUGGCUAGAAGUUGCCGACAUGUUCGUUUGGUUUUAAUCUAUAUCAACUACUGCUACUUCUAUAAUGUUUUGUCUCUAUAGAUUGUAGCUGCAGCAGUUUGAAUAAUUGCCUUUAAUGCGAAGCGAACCAUGUAAUAUAAGCGUACCGGCUUCUAUGGAUCGCUUAUCUCUGCUGUUUGCGAUACCAUGUAAUAUAAGCAUGCGUUUGGUGUGGACGAGUUGUCCACAUUUUC